CGAUCUCAUCCGACUAAUCCCCACUCCUUACCUAAAACCCUAUACUAGAGAGAGAUAGAGAGAGGGGGCCCGAAGGUUUUGUACGUCCUCGAAUCCUCGCGGUUGAUCUCUCUCCAUCUUUCAUUCCGUCGGGACUGCGCCCGCUCUCCUGGUGGAGGAUAUAACGAUGGCUGCUAAAAAUGGCUCAACGACUAUUGAGAAAGAGCAGAUAUUUGGAAUGGCAGAGCAAGAGAUGGAGUACAGGGUAGAUCUUUUUAACAGGCUUACCAAGAUAUGUUUUGACAAAUGUAUCGAUAAAAGGUAUAAGGAAUCUGAGCUCAAUAUGGGUGAGAAUAGUUGCAUUGACCGUUGUGUUUCAAAAUAUUGGCAAGUGACAAAUUUAAUAGGGCAGUUGCUUGGUUCCAAUCGACCACCAAUGUGAAGUAAUUGCUGCCUGUUGCAGUUGUUAGUGCAUAUUUAUUACUGCUGGUUUAAGGCAUGUGGUGCAAACAAAAUAUCCUAUUGCCAGGAUUAAAGGGGAAAAUUUACCCGGAACAUUACUGGCUGAGAAAUAAUCCCUGAUGCUUGUUUGCCCUGCAAGGAGCCUCUCGUAAUGGAAUGGCAUUUGAGAAAACAACCAUCAGAAUUCUGCUUGUCUUUCACUUUAUAUUGUCGGUACAUGCAUGCGGACGUUUAUAACCAGAUAGCGAGAAGCUGAUGAAUUGAGAAUUCAGACAUGUUUAAAUGGGUGCAGGAGAUGGUGUCAAGACCAUGCUAUCGUUAUUUAUUUAUUUAUUGAUGUUCAUGCCAAUGGGUUA